ACAGCAGCAGCAACUAAAUCGAGACAGAGAGACAUAAAUAGAGACAGAGAGACAUCAGCUUCUAAAUAGAGACAGAGAGACAGAGAGAGAGGAGGGAAGGAGAGAGAAGGAGAAAAAUGGAGAAAUUAAGACCUAUUCUCCACAAGAGAACAGCAAAACCGACUCAGCCAACUAGUGAAAGUCGCCGCUUCUUGCCACCUGUUGUCGGCUCAAAACAAUGGCUAGUCGAGAGUACCAACACUGCAGAGCAAAUCAGGAGGACUCAGCAGCCCUUCAGAAGCGUUCCUCAGCCACCGGUGAAGCGAAUGUAUGGUGUGGAAAGAGCUCGCCUUCUAAAUCCCAUCCAGGUUGAGCAACCACCCAAUAUCAAUGCUGAUUUUAGCUUCAGCUUCACCGGACAAAGAGCUGAGAGGGAACGAAAGCUCAGAGACUCUACAAUGUUUGACAUUGAUGAGCAGUUUAUGAGUGACCAUGAUGAGUUAUCUAACACCGAGGCUCAUCAGUACCAGAAGAUCCACAAUGCAGAGAGGAUCAUAAAAAGAGGACAGAAGGGCGUUAGAUUUUAUUUUACUGAUGAUAACCAGAGCAUCAGUUCAACUGGAAGCCUGGGCUCUGUGGAUGAGUAUACACCCGAGUCUCCACAAAGCCUAGCUUCCCUGAAUACCCCUACACCUCAGCCUCCUGCUACUCCACCUCAACCAAGGGUAAACCGAAACAGGAUGAGGAAUCACAUGACCCACAAUACAGUGGGGAGCACAAAACGUGUGCAGAAUGGUGUUACAUUUUAUGUAACCGACGAUGAACAGAGCAUUUGCUCAACUGGAAGCCUGGGUUCUAUGGCUGUUUAUACACCUGAGUCGCCACGAGCUCUACCUUCCCAGAAUACCCCUACACCUGAGCAUGCUGCUGCUCUAUUUAAACCAACCAUUUAUAGAAGCAGGAUGAGAAAUCAGGAGAUCCACAAUGCGAAGAGGAGCAUACAAAGUGGGCAGAAUGGCGUUACAUUUUAUGUAACCGAUGAUGAACAGAGCAUCAGUUCAACUGAAAGCUUGGGCUCUGUGGAUGUGUAUACACCUGAGUCUCCACAAGCCCUACCUGCUCUGAGAACCCUCAUACCUAAGCCUCCUUCUACUCCACCUCAUCCAGGGAUGGAAACUAACAGGAUGAGGAAGCAAAAGACCCACAAUACAGUGGGGAGCACAAAACGUGUGCAGAAUGGCGUUACAUUUUAUGUAACCGACGAUGAACAGAGCAUUAGCUCAACUGGAAGCCUGGGUUCUGUGGCUGUUUAUACACCUGAGUCGCCACGAGCUCUACCUUCCCAAAAAACCCCUACACCUGAGCCUCCUGCUCCUCUAUUUAAACCAACCAUUUAUAGAAGCAGGAUGAGAAAUCAGGAGAUCCACAGAGCAGUGGGGACCAUAAAAAGAGGACAGAAGAGCAUGAGAUUUAAUAUAUCUGAUGAUGAACAGAGCAUUCACUCAGCUGAAAGCUUGAGCUCUGUGGAUGAGUAUCUGAGAUCUGAGUCUCCACAAGCCCUACCUGCUCUGAGAACCCUCACACCUAAGCCUCCUGCUACUCCACCUCAACCAGGGAUGAAAACUAACAGGAUGAGGAAGCAGGCGACCCACAAUACAGUGGGGAGCACAAAAAGUGUGCAGAAGGGCGUUACAUCUUAUGUAAACUUUGAUGAAGAGAGUGGUAAUUCAGCUGGAAACCAGGGCACUGUGGGUGCAUGUUCACCUGCGUUGCCACAAGCCCAACCUGCGCGGAGAACCCCUACACCUGAGCCUCCCACUGCUCCAUUUAAACCAAGGGUUAAAAGAACCAGGUUGGGGAACCAGCCUGGCUCUUCCCAGGGACGCAAUGUAGCUGUCAACACUAGAGACAACAAGCCUAGAGAACAGCAGAUGGAGCAGCUUAAAGAACAGCCACUGAGCCGAGAGCAGCCUGAGUGGGUUCUUGCUCAGGCCUUCGAGCUUCUCAGUGCUGAUGAAUGGGAGCAGAAGGUGGAGGGGCUCCAGUGUGUCCGCACUCUGGCUGAACACCACAAGGACAUUUUGAUGCCCCAACUGCACGACAUCACGCCGAUGCUAACAAAAGAGGUGAAAAACCUGAGAUCAGCUGUGUCUCGUGCAGCAAUGGCUACUUUGGGCCACCUGUAUAUCCAUUUUAACAAGAGCAUGGACCAGUAUGUGAAGAGCACUGCUGGCGUGUUGCUUCACAAGGCCGGAGAGGCAAACAAGUUCAUCCGAGAAGAAGUUGAACUGACACUGGGGAACAUGGUGCAAAACUGCAGUCCUGGGCCUGUCCAUAAUGCCCUGCUGGACACCGGACUAACUCACCGCAAUGUAGCUGUGAGAAAGUGUGCAGCACUGGGCCUGGAAAAACUGGCAGAGCUGAUGGGACCAGCUCAAGUUCUGACUGGCAAAUCAGAACUGACUGGAAAUUUCCUGUCUGGCAUCAGCAAGUUAGCACUCGACCCUGCCCAGGAAGUCAGAUCCCAUGCACGAAAAGUUCUGAAGCUUCUGGCCACACAACAGAACUUUAUGAAAAUGGUGGAGAAAUAUGUUCUACAGAAGGAUAAAGCCUCUAUUAAGGACAUUGUCAGCAAAUAAAAAGCAACCCGUCCACUAAUCAGCAACUGAAGGUCACCCAAGACCACCAGGACCACAGUUUUUCCAUUUUAUGAUUUCCAUUCCAAAUCCUGAGUGUAUUUUGACUCUUCUUCAUAAGUGGACAUCUAAUUAACCAUCUUUUUAUUGAAGAAGUAGAAGAUGACUAAAAUCCUGCAUUGCAUAAAUGUUCAAUUAUUUUUUGUGAAUAAAACACAAUUU